AUGAGUUUCCGCACACCGGGAGGACGCCCGCCGCGCGCGGGUCACCGUCGUCACGCCAGCACGUCGUUCUUGACACUCGAGCCGACGACUCUUCAAGAGUUCCGUGCAAGAGAAGAGCUCGAGUACCAUGCUGCGCACAUUGCCGACGAGUGUCUGCGUAAGCAAGCCACCAUUACGCUGCCGGCGGACCCUGCCCUGCCUGUGGCUGUGCUCGGCAGCAAUGCGGCACCGGCAGUAGUUGUGGAUCCUCCCCAGGCGAGCCGUCUCUCCCUGGUGCAGGACACCGCCCUUGCUGAGAGGGUUGCCGCUCCGCUGCCCUCUUCAGACGACGACGAGGACAUGGACUCCUCGCGCUCGCGGAAACGCCCCCGCGAAGCGGAGUGCGAGGAGGACGAAUCGGCCUGCCCUCGCAAGCAACCGCCUUGCUCGGAGGCUCACGUAUCACCCGUCGCUCACUCGGAGCGGACGGACGACAGCAGCUCCGUCUUCCGACUCCCGGGACAGACGGUCACCACAUCGUCCCUGCCCCCCGCACAGGAUGGUGCUCGUCCCGAAACGCCGGCGCUGCUUACGCCCACGGACGCUCGCGCUUCGCCAGCUGAUAGUGGCGAUGGCGAGCUCCCUCCCACGUCGUCUGCUACCAAAGACGCUCGCCACCCGAUCGGAUCGGUCCCGAUGGUGCUCGCAGAUUCCACGCCACCCGACUCGAAGCUGCACGGCUCUGUACAUCAGGCGGCACAGUUCCUGAAGGGGUCCCCCCGCCACACCUCUGCACAGCAGAACCAGGGGAAAAAGAGAACGAAGAAACAGCAGAAGUCGAAGAAAUCUGCUAACACUUCAGAGGCUUCUUCUUCACGGGUUGCUGCUGACCCAUGCCACGCACCAGUGACCCAGGUCGCCCUCAAGACGGUGCAGCACGCUGCCCCCGGCGUCCAAGAACCACCCUCAGAUGGGUUCGAACUGGUUCGUUCCAAGGCUAACCGGCGGCACACGAGGGCCCUGGAGAAUGCUGCCCUGCCGGUGAACCCUAAGGUGGUCGGCACGGUGCUUUUCCGUCCUUCGGCACCCGGUGGAGCCUUCCGUUGUGCGCCACGCCUCGUACUCGCGGCAGCGCUUUUAGCGCGCCCCGGUGUCGCUGCGGUGAGGGUGAACAACAAGCGCAACAUCGUGGCCGCCGACACCACCACCCGGGCCUGCCUGGAGGAGCUGAUGACGGUCACCGAGCUCCACGGAAUCCCGGUUACUGCUCGCCCGCCGGCUGAGCGCGGGAUGAGCACCGGCUUUCUGCAUGGGGUGGACGGAGAGCCUGCAGACGAGGACCUCCUGAGGGCCAUCGAAUCCAGCGUCCCGGUGGUGUCUGCAACCAGGCAGGGCAACACCAUCACUAUCCGUUUCGCCGGACCGGUCCCCCCUGAACACGUGAGCCUCUUCAAGCUCUGGUUCAGGGAACGACGUGUGGCCACCAUCAUGGCCUCCUCGACCACAGCACUCUCCAGGCGUGCGGUCAGAGCCGCGGUGCGUGAGGAGAGCAACGUGGAGCAGGCCUUCGCACCUCCGGCGCGAUCGUACGCGGGUCUGGUGAGGGGUGCCCCCGCUCCCUCGCGGCGCCCAGUACCAACCCCGCGAGCCUCCCGCCGCCGGGUUCCAGAGACUGCUGUGGCCUCCACUACCACGCCGCCAGAUGCCCCCAUGCCCCAGACUACGGUGGACCAGCUGGUGACCAAUCUCCUGCUGACCAUGCAAGCAGUCGGCUCUUUGCUGCCUGCUGAACAUCCACUGAGAGCCAUCUGCCUGCAGGCAGUGGCAGCCCAGACCACAGCCAACCACCAUGGCUGA